AUUCGUUAUUUCAUUUUAAAUGUCUAACGUUAGAAACAAAGACCUAUUUUAAUUUUUUUUAGCGCAAGUCCACGUAGUAGUAUGGUUUCUGUUUUUUUCUUCUUCAUCGAUUUCGUUUCACGACAAAAUCGAAAAGAAGCGAAGCAAAACAUUCCGUUAACGUUAGCGUUGAAAUCGAACAAACUAACGUCUGCUAGCUUUUGUUUGAUGCGAUAUCGGUGUAAUAAUGAGGUGCAUUGUACCCGGUUGUUAUAAUGCCCCUGUUAAACUUGACUUGAAAGCACACUGUCAUAGUUUUCCACGAGAUACAACUUUGUGCCAGACAUGGCUGGAUUUAAUCACCCCAGCAUGACACCCCAGAAUAACAGCCGAAGAAGUUCGCAAACAAGGACUAAGGGCAUGCAGCAACCACUUUGAAGGCACCGACUAACAAGGCGACCGUCUGAAGCCUGGAGCUGUACCCACCAUUUUCCCAUCGUUGGUCGAACCGCUCGAGGUGGGUACUGUGCGGGCUGGCUAACACUAUCGCGUCUGUCUGUGAUACAUAGGAUGUCUACCACCAGUUGCCGUUUGUCCUGGGAAUAGCCUAUGGCUCCUCAAUCUCGGCCCGCUCCUGACUCGCUCUCGCAUAAUCAGCCUGCAAAUUAGCCAGCUCUGCUUCUGUGUAUUCCGGCUCGAAUCGAUAGGGCACAACAAUCCCAUGAUCAAAAACAAAAUCUCCUUCAUCCUCAGACAUUUUCGGUGUCGCUAGCUAGUAGUCAUACAACACUAUUUCAACAACCAACCUAAAGUUGUUGUCUGCAGGUACGCCCACAUCAGAAGUCGCGCAAUGAUAUGCAUCCUCGAGUUCGACACUAAACUGCCUGGGUCUACUUCCUGCAUUUGUAAAGGAAAACAACAAAACAGCGUAAAAUAUUAACAUAAUGAAAUAACUAAUCGAAAAAUGAAGGGCGACACAUUCAUUAGAAGGACAAUAUCAGUCAUGAGAAGCAGAAGUGUUAUAAAGUGCAAUUCCCCUUUAAACCACAAAAAAGCUUUUUGUGAUUAAUAGUUUAUAGUAAUCUCACACACUGAAAAAUUCUUCAUUGGAUUAACCUAAAAUUUUACUUAAAUUUGCUGCACCUAUAUUUUUAGGAUUUCUCAAUUGAAUUUGUUCAGUCAAAUGAACCUUUAUUUGGCUUACUUGCUGGAUAUUUGUGGGUACAGGCUUAUUGUUUGUUGUGAUUGUACUUUCCCAUAUACAAACAAUUAACAAAAGAUUUAGCAAACAAACAGGGUGUAUUACAACUUAUGUCUCCUUGCACUGAUAACACCUGCCAAAUAGUUGCAUUAAAGGAGCACUAAUCCAUUGCCAUAUACUGAACAAAUUAUAUUACUGACAGUCGUAAAUGGAAAAUGUCCUGCAAUGGGAUGAUAUGUUGACAUCAUACAAUUACACCUGAGUGUGGAACCUCAAUAGAGCCUGGUUGUUGGGUGUGUCAGCAGCAUGGCAAUAUUCAAAACAACUCCCUCUAAAGUCAUUGGACAGAAAACGUGCUCACCACACUAUAAAACCUGCUUUCAGCAGUUGCAAUUUUACUGAGGGUAACAAUGCUAGAUUAAAAGGGUCAAGUAUCCUGCAGGUGUAUGAUCCAUGGAUCAGAACAGCAGCAGUGAGGAGCUGCAAGUAAUUACCAACGACCCCGUGUUGGUGAGGACGAGGAUGGCCAUAGUGCAAGUGCUGGUGUGGUUCUUUAUUUACAUCGACAUCUUCAUGCUCUUCACCUUCUUCAGUAAGCAGGCUUUCCGGGGCAAUGCACGCUACAUCCUGUUUGCUCACACCCUGCUGGUGGACUCAGUCUACCUGCUGCUCUCAGUACUGAUUGUGUUGCUUAACUAUAACUAUCUGCUAUUUCCUGUGGGUUCCUGCGUUCUGCUCUGCGUUAUCUUGGAGAUCGUUAGCAGCUGCACACCAGUGACCAUCACUGCUAUGUGCUUAGAGCGCUAUGUGGCCAUCUGCAUGCCUCUGAGGCACGCUGACAUCGCCACCACUGGCAGGACACUGGCUGCCAUCACCAUCAUCUCAGCCUACAGCUCCCUCACCCCUUUUCUGGACCUCUUUAUCCUGAUUGUCAUAUCUCCGCCAGGCUACUUUGCCACGCCGACCUUGUGCCACUAUCAGAUCAUGAUUCUGACUGAGUGGCAUCGCUUCAUGCGAACUGUUCGGUAUCAAGUGGACUUAGUUCUGAUUGUAAUUAUUGUUCUGUUUUGCUUUGUUAAAAUCACGCUGGCUGCUCGAACUGCCUCUGGAGAAAAUAAGCAGUCUGCGUCAAAGGGGAAACGCACGCUCCUGCUCCACGGCCUGCAGCUGUUUCUGUGCCUGGUUGAUAGGUUGAGCCCCUACACUGAGAGCGUAGCGCUGGAGUGCAAUUUAGAGCUGUACUUGAUUAUCCGAUACUUCAAUUAUGUGGCCUUGGGUAUUACGUCCAAGGCUCUGAGUUCAAUAAUAUAUGGUCUCAGGGAUAAAAAGUUUUUCCUUGCUCUAAUGUAUUAUACCACCUGCAGGUUUAAUCAUAAUAUUGCAACCUGAAGACUCUUCCGAGAUGAAUCAGUAUAGCUGAAUAAUGAAUGCUGAGAAUCUCAACCUAACUGCAGCACUACUCAAGUCUGCAAGGUCUCUUUUGCACUUGUCUCUUUUGUAAUUGUGAAUCCAUCUGGGUCAAAUAUGCACUUGAAAUACUUCAACUCCUUAGACACCAGUGAAAUUUAAACACUUCUGAAGAUCCCCGACCAUUUUUCAGUAAAACAUAUUACAGAGCACUGGUGAAAAUCUUUAUUUAAAAACUGCAAAUAAUCUGCAGCAAAUGUACUGGUUAAAUUAUUUAAAUUUAGUAACAUUAAGAAUAAAAUAAAUUCAAAUUAAAUUAACUUUAUUACAGUUCUAAUUAGUGCAAUAUUCCAGUGAAAUAAGGAGCAAAAAUGUGUAGGAAAAUUAGCUUUGUCAGUGGGAUUUUUAUUCAUGGAGGAAGAGAAUAAAAUGUCAUCUCAAAAUCUUUUGGUUUGUGCCAUAGUAUUCAUUUGUAGUAUGGAGUUCCACACAUAUUUAACAAAAUUAAAUUACACUGAUGAGGAAUAUUAUUCCCUAACUAGAAUAACUAUUUCAAAAUGAAAAAGAGUGCUUUUUUUCUCUGAAAUAUGAUAGAAGCAGCAUUAAAACUACAAAGAAUAAACAUGUAUACAUUCAAAGAAACCUUUUUUGGCUGAAUUAUUAAAUUCUUUGAAGAGCAGCUGAAACAAAAAUCACUGGAAAUGAUGUGACUACAUUUUAACGGGUGGAAACUUCCCAUCCAGUGGGUGAGAAGUGCCUACCUUUAUUUAUAUAAAGUAACUGCCCACCUGGGCUGUAAUGACAGACGUCACCCCACAUGCCCGGUCAAUAAAAUCGAACCGUUAUAUGAUUGAGUGUUUUAUCCUGCCCAAGGUGACCUGCCAUCAGAUUGUUAUGAGCCGCCUGAAAAACCAUGUUCUGGCGGAUUUUUGGUACUAAAGGCUGUGCAUUUUCCUCCAGAGUAUACGGGUCCCGACAUACCCAAUAUAAUUUCUCUUUAAUUACACAGAAAUAGGGGUAUGUCACUGCCCUCUGCUGGCCGAGAAGCCUACCAUCAAUUUUAAUCACUUGGUCAACUACUCGACUCAGCGUUUCAUCCUGAGAUUGUUCGAGGGAGAAGUUAGUCACAUGGGAGAGCAAGGGAGGUCCACUAGCAGCUGCCCCCGGCUCCAUGUCAGACAUUUCUGCCUCACCAAGCUCCAGGUUUUGCCCACCAGAUGGCCCCUCCCUGAAUCUCUGUCAUUUGUGACCAGCUCCUCCCCAGCUGCAGCAAAAGGGCAAUGAACACCCCCCCCCCCCUUGUUGGGCCCCUUCUGCCAAUUUUACUCUUGCCAUUUCUUUGAACCACGGCCAAUCGUGUCCCAGAAUGAGCUAGAGGGGGGUGCGGGGACUAACCCCAGCCACUAUACCAUGUUUUUCUCCCCAAAUUGAAAACUCAAUCUGAGCGGUCGGAUAGUAAUGUAUAUCCCUGUGCACACACCUUAUGCCCACCUCCGUGAGUCUAUCGAUUGCCUCUGGUGGAACCAGACAUUCGUGCACGAGGGUACGAGAAAAACCUGAGUCCAACAAAGCCUGGACUGUAUCCCCUUUCAUACUUACAGGUAUGAGAUACGUCUCUGCUGGGGCAGGGGAAGGCUGGGUGGCGUGCGGCGUCCGGUUCACGAUGUUCACGUGCAUUAUGGGGAAUCCUUUCAGACAUGCCCCCUUACGCCUGCAGCGCCAACAGCCCUGCCUCGGCCUUUCUGGCGCACUCGUCUGACCCAUGACCGGGGAAGGAAAAUACUUUACGAUUUGAGGUUGGGGAACGGGUGGACGGAGGUGGGGGUUUAAGGAAACGGGACCUUGGGGAGGAGAGGGUAACGGGAAGAGAAGAGAGAGGAACAAUACAGGUAGCAAGGGGGAGGAGGAGAAAGAAGGGGAAUGGAAUGCAAGUUUAUUCUGUGAUUUUUGUCCCUGUGUCCUCUGCGACGGACAGAUGGUUCCCCGCCAGUUCAACUGCUGCACCCAAGCGGGCAAGUAAGUGACACCGGAGCCAGUCCGAAGUCCGUUUUGGGAGUCCCCUGAUAAAAUGCUCCAGUGCCACCUGCUCCAAAAUUCCCUCAGGUGUGCGACACUCUGGCUGCAGCCAGCGUCGGCAGGAGUCGAGGUGCUGCUGGGCGUAAGCAAAGGGCCGACCGGUCGAGGAAAAUGCCAACUCUCGCAUCUUUCUCCAGUGGCCCUCGGGCUUCAGUCCCACCCUUUCCCAGAUGGUUGCCCGGAGGGUACAGUAAUCGACCAGGG